UGAGAGAACAUAUGACGCUUAGAACUGGAAAGACGUAAACACGAGGUCUGAAUGUGAAAAGCACGCGUUUGGAAAUUUCGAUUAAAACUAAAAACAAAUUGUGUUGUACGGACUGUCCGUUAUGUUUAAUAAAAAAACUAAGUGUCAAAAACUCUUAAUUUUUUUGAGUAUUUUCUACUUUGCUCAAGCUGCCUCCUCCACAGGGGCAACGUCUAAUGUGGUCGUUGAGGAACCUGAAUUUACAGACACUAUAGAAAAUAUAACAGUAGCAGCAGGCCGCAACGUAAAGUUCGCAUGCUCUGUCAAGAAUCUUGGAACUUACAAGGUGGCGUGGAUGCAUUUUGAACAGUCAGCCAUCUUGACUGUUCACAACCAUGUGAUCACCCGCAAUCCUCGGAUUAGCGUUACUCACGAUAAACAUAGGACUUGGUUUUUACACAUAAGUAAUGUACAAGAGGAAGAUAAAGGACGAUAUAUGUGCCAAAUCAAUACCGUUACUGCGAAAACACAAUUCGGAUAUCUCCACGUUGUCGUGCCGCCUAACAUAGACGAUUCCCUCAGUAGCAGCGAUGUUAUAGUAAGGGAAGGCGCCAAUGAGACGCUAACCUGCAAAGCUACGGGAUCUCCACAACCUAGUGUAAAGUGGAAAAGGGACGAUAACUCCAAGAUCGCAAUAAACAAGACACUUACAGUUUCUGAGUGGGAAGGAGAAACACUGGAAUUAACCAGAAUUUCAAGAUUAGAUAUGGGAGCUUACUUAUGUAUAGCCAGCAAUGGGGUGCCCCCAACUGUGAGCAAAAGAAUCAAAGUUAGCGUCGACUUUCCUCCAAUGUUGUGGAUACCACAUCAACUGGUCGGCGCUCCUUUAGCUUAUUCUGUAACACUGGAAUGUUUCACGGAGGCCCAUCCGAGUUCUCUUAACUACUGGACUAGAGAAGAUGGCCAAAUGAUACACGAAUCGAAGAAAUAUCAUGCCGAGAAUACAGUUGGAACACCAUCUUAUAAAACCCACAUGAAACUCACAAUCAACAAUAUACAACAAACUGAUUACGGCACUUAUAAGUGCGUAGCAAAGAAUCCUCGAGGUGAAACCGAUGGCACAAUUAGACUUUACACUUCUUCACCUCCAACGACGCCACCAAAGUCAACAACUACAGAAACGCCAAGUCACAUCAGGGAUAUAUUGGGCAAUGGCAAUCUCAGCAAUUCAGUUUAUGGAAAUCCUUCUUCGCUCACUAUUCAUCAUGGUGAGAAAGGUUCAAAAUAUCAAUCAAAUUUAAAUGAAAUUGACAAAUCCGAGCAAAAGUCAAGUUCAGAUCCAGAAGGAAAGAGUAUCAGCUAUGGUCACCAUGUACCAAGUGGAGUAGCUAGUUCUCCAGGUAACCUAAACUGCAAGCUUUCAUUGUGGAUACUUCCCAUAAUAUUGUUCAACGCGCUGCGGUGAAUACCUCAAAACACAAAUUUUGUGUAUCCAUUAUAAUUACUAUUUAGUAGAUUAUAGGAACAGUAAGUUCAGAUUAUAAAAUCACAAGGACGCUUAAAACCAAAGCAUAAGUGUACAAUUGUUUAUAUAUAUAUACCAUGUAUCACCUAAUUUAAAUGAAGACUGACAUCGUUUAGAGAAAUAUAAUUAAUUUUUAACAUAAUUGACUAGAUGAUAAUACUUGAAUUCUCGAGGCAUUACACAAGUUCAAUUAAGUGAUUUUAAUUUUUUAAUUUAGAAAAAUAUGUACUACUGUUUUGAAGUUUUUAUCUUAAAUCGUUUGCAUCAUAAAACUUUUACUUAAUUAUUACAAUUCUUGCGUCUUGUAGGUUUUUUAUUUACUAUAUUAAAUUGAGGCAAGAAUUUCAAUUACUAAGGGCUGAUUUACACAAAACGAAUUAAAUUUUAAUUCGAAUUAAGUUAUUUACUUUGCAAACGUCAAAUUAAUCUCGAAUUAAAAUUUGAUUGUAGACCAGCCCAAAAUCUCUAGAUAACUUCUCGUGCCUUAAAUUAUAAAGUAAUUGUUUCAUAAAAAAUUAUUAGUAAUUUGACUUUUGCUUAGUUGUUAAAUUUUCAGACGAUAGAUUUACUAAAAUAUAUGAUGCAAACGAACUGUCACUGGGUGUUUAUAAUUUUAAAAUACCUGAAACGAUUUUAGCAGAAAAGCAAAUUAUUCUAACAAAACCGUUUCAUAAUUAUCCAACCGGUAAAAAUUAAUUACAAGGUAACCAAUGGAUAUAUUUGGCUGGGAAUACUAUAACUCCUCAAUAUUUAUGUAGAAGCACAAAAUAUCAAUUUCAUGUAGCUUUUGUAGUGUCCGAAAAUGUUACUGUAGUACAUAAUUAAUUUAAGAGUGUAGACUUUGUAUAUAAUAUUUAAUAAGCCGUUUGUUUACAUUUUUUUCUGGUUGUACAUCAAAUGAAAAUAUCGAAUUAAUUUGUUUUUUAAGACACUGAAUGAACGCGGUACGUAUGCAAAAAGUGAUUUCAUUUGAUUGUUUAAAAAUCUAGGCUAAUAAUACUAUUAUCAGUGUAUAUAGUUCAAACUGUUUUCUAAACAAAAUUAACAGUGUGACUAUCAACAUUGAAAAGAAAAUUUUGUUUUGACGAUUUUUUCAAACUUGUUUACAUACAGGCUGCGCCAGAACUCGCGCCCCAGAGAAAAAUGCCAUCCAUAUUUGAGGUAAGAAAACAGAACAUGGAGAAAAUGUUAAAAAAAUUUAUCUAUAAAAAUUUCGAAGUUAUGAGAGUUUAAAUUUUGCACUUUGACUCUUCUGUUGCAAAAAUAAUUUUCCAAGUUUUUUUGCUACAGUUUAU